UUAGGAACUACAUACAAACAUAACAAUCUAACAAUAUUGAUAAAAUAAUAUAACUAAGCAUUUUGGUGAAGUGUGGUUGUAACUUGUAAAACCAUCCCUCGAUAUACUCUAUGGUUGAUCUCAUGCCCUUAAAAGGGUGACAAUAAAUUCACAUAUAGUAUACUAUAAAAUAGAAGGUCUCUGGUUGGAAUUUGAGACAUAUAGUAUAAUAAUAUUGAUAUUACAUAUUUCAAAAUUCUAAUUUUAGUAAUGUCAAGAAGAUGUUUGGCCAACUACACUACACCCACGCAUAACAUGCGUACAUUAGUAUGGUUUGUUCAAAUUUAAAGUGAACUAAAUUAAUAUAGUACAUAAUUAAAUAUUUUAUAUAUGAGAGUUAACAUAAAGUUAAAUGUUUUAAUAUAUACUUAGAUUUUAAUUAUAUUCAAUAAUCAUUAAAGAAAAUUUUUGGAAUAAAAAUUGUUUAAAAAAUUCUAGUUGAAACAAUUUUUAACCAUGUUAUUUACCUCCCAACAAAAUUCUAAAUUAUUGAAUUUUUUUUUCUUCUAAAAACUUAAGAUUAAGACAAAGAAAAACUAUAUAUUAAAUUAAAAUACUAUAUAGAUUUGAAUAAACCACAUCCAUAACCUAACCGUGGACUUAAAACUAAGACUAAUAGAACUCUAAUAAUACAAGGACCACAUUCAAUUUACAUACCUUCUCUUAAACAACCUCUUUCUUACAUAAUAGUUUCAAGUUUCUCAAAACAAGAGUUAGAGAAACUAGGUUGAUUGAACUCAAACAUGAACAAGGACAAUGAAACAUAUCUCAAACUUUUCCAACGAGGUUCUUCUAAUACUCACAUGAGUUCUUUGUUCUCCAAAAAAGCUAAAGCUACCACCACUGUAGUUGCCAUGUUCUGCUUAGUAGCAACUUUUUGUUACUACUUUGCAGCCUCCAAUAAUAAUAUAAUUUCAGGUGAUUAUUUCAUUCCAAAUCAAAACUCUUCACCCAUCUCAACAAACAAACACCAAACACAAGAAUAUCCACUUAUAUGCACCAAAGGGAACAAGACUGAGACACAAACAUGUCCAAGAGACUACUUUCCUACAAAACAUAACCCAACAAAUCAAUAUAGCCAUGUCUGUCCCUCAUACUUUAGAUGGAUCCAUGAAGACCUAAAGCCAUGGAGAGAACAAGGGAUCACAAAGGAAAUGGUGGAAGAAGCAAGAAGAACAGCACACUUUAAGAUUGUGAUUGUGGAUGGAAAGUUGUAUGUGGAGAAGUAUAGGAAGUCUAUUCAGACAAGAGAUGUUUUUACUUUGUGGGGUGUUUUGCAACUAUUAAGGUUGUAUCCUGGGAAGUUGCCGGAUUUGGAACUCUUGUUUGAUUGUGAUGAUAGGCCUGUUGUUCCUUCGGAUAAGUUUCAUGGCCCAAAUGCUUCACCACCACCUUUGUUUAGAUAUUGUUCUAAUCAACGGAGUUUGGACAUUGUCUUCCCUGAUUGGUCCUUUUGGGGAUGGGCUGAGAUUAAUAUAAGGCCAUGGAAAGAUACUUUGAAAGAUAUUAAAGAAGGGAACAAAAAGACCAAGUGGAAGGAUAGAGUACCUUAUGCUUAUUGGAAGGGGAACCCUUAUGUUGCUCAAACUAGGAAGAAUCUUUUGAAAUGCAAUGUUACAUCGGAAAACGAUUGGAAUACUCGCCUAUACAUACAAGAUUGGGUAAAAGAAUCCAAUGAAGGUUACAAAAAAUCCGGCUUAGGAGACCAAUGCACCAAUAGGUACAAGAUAUACAUACAAGGAUAUGCUUGGUCUGUUAGUGAGAAAUAUAUUUUGGCAUGUAAUUCCAUGACAUUAUAUGUAAAAUCCGAAUACCAUGAUUUUUUCAUGAGAGGCAUGGUUCCAUUACAACACUAUUGGCCCAUUAGAGACCAUUCUAAAUGCACCUCUCUUAAGUAUGCUGUAGAAUGGGGCAACAAUCAUACCGAUAAGGCACAAGCAAUAGGAGAGGCUGCUAGCAGAUUCAUACAAGAGGACUUAAGCAUGAACAAUGUAUAUGAUUACAUGUUUAAUCUUCUCAAUGAAUAUGCAAAGCUUUUGAGGUUCAAACCAAGUAUACCUCAAGGAGCUGUGGAAUUUUGUUCUGAAGCAAUGGCAUGUAAUUUAGAUGGUAUAGAAAGGAAGUUCAUGGAAGAGUCAAUGGUGAUGUUUCCUAGUGAUUCAAAUCCAUGCACUAUUCCUCCUCCAUAUGAUCCUUUAACUUUACAACAAGUUUUAGAGAGAAAUAAUAAUUCAACAAAACAAGUGGAAAAUUGGGAAGAUGAAUAUUGGUUGCAUAAAAAUAAUGGAUAAUAAUUUUGGCUUAGUUGUUAAUUUAUUGAAUAAUUUAUUUUUGUUUUUAAAUUAUGUAUUUAUUUUAAAGUCAUUGAAAUCUACAAAAUUACAGGUUUUUAGUCCUUAUUAAAAGAUUGAAAAAUCAUGAAGUUUGUAGCUGUUGAAAAUUUGAGAUAAUUAGAUAUUUAACUAUGCUUUUUGGUUUAAACUGCCCAUAGGCCAUGUUGUAUUAAUACAUGUCUCUGCAUCGUUUUUAGACUCACCCCUACAUUACAAUUGCAAUUGAAGAAAAGAAAAUGUUGCUAUUUUAUUUUAUACGUUCAUUCAUAUUUAUCAGCAAUUCAAAAUUAUAUAAUUAAAAUGUUUAAAGUUCUUUAAAAAGAAUUUUGAUAUGCGUGGUUUUAGAGAUUAUUCUU